CAUCCUCGCGCUUCCGCUGAAAGUCUCGCGAGAACAGUUUCCUUGGAAACCAUACACCGUGUUUUCAUGGAGAGGUCCGAGCGACAAAAGAUCCAACUGACAUCCAACCAACCAUACGACGAAAGUUUUGACGUAAACGCGGACGACGCGGACAGUGUACACACACCAACCCCACGACAGAUUGUUUCCAGGAGGGCAGGGAGGCAGAAGCAGAGCACCAUGGCCAGUUACACUGGUAGUAAACUAGAAGAUGAUACAAAGCAGAGAAAAAAAGAGCCACCUGGUUCUCGUGGUACUAAUGAAAACGAGGAGGAGGAUGAAGAUGAGGAAGAGGAGGAUGACGACGAAGAUGAUGAUGAUGAUUCUGAUGAUACAGAGUCUGAUGAAGAGGAAGGGGAGCCUGGAUCUGCUCCAGAAGGCGCAUAUGAUCCUGCCGAUUAUGAUCAUCUUCCUGUAACAGCAGAGAUUAAAGAGCUGUUUCAGUACAUCACACGAUACACCCCACAGACGAUAGAACUUGACCACAAACUGAAGCCGUUUAUCCCUGACUUUAUUCCGGCUGUGGGAGACAUUGAUGCUUUCCUCAAAGUACCACGACCGGAUGGCAAACCAGAUAAUCUGGGUCUUCUAGUUCUGGAUGAGCCGUGCACUAAACAGUCAGACCCCACAGUGCUUUCCCUCUGGCUGUCGGAGAACAGCAAACAACACAAUGUCACUGAAGUGAAGGUUAAGAGCAUAGAAAACCCAGAAAGAAACCCCAAAGCCAUAGACAACUGGAUCGAGAGCAUUAGUGAACUGCAUCGGUCAAAACCUCCAGCUACUGUACACUACACCAGAGCAAUGCCGGACAUCGACAGUCUGAUGCAAGAGUGGCCAUCUGAAUUUGAGGAACUUUUGGGAAAGGUGAAUCUGCCCACAGCAGAUAUUGAUUGUAGUUUGGCAGAGUAUGUCGACAUUAUUUGUGGGAUAUUGGACAUACCCGUGUACAAGAACAGAAUUCACUCGCUCCACGUCCUGUUCACACUCUACUCUGAAUUCAAAAACUCGCAGCACUUUAAAUCUAUAGAAGGCCAGAAGUCUGACACGCCAUCAGCUUCGCAUACAGCCACGGCUGAAUUAGAAAGACUCACUUUGGACUGAAAUGACUGUCUUGACAUUUUGGGCAUGGCCUAUUUUCUUACAUCCUGUUUUCACCACAUGUCUUAAAAGCAACUAUUAGCAGGGUUGUAACAAUGUUUAAUAAAGACUUAUUUAGACUUAUUUAACUCAAAUAAGUAAUUACAUGUGUCUGCUAGUAUGUCAACAUCUUGUUGCUUUUGCAACAUAUAUUAACAAAUAUAUUGGCCAUUUAACGUCUAGACCUCUUGUCAUCAUACUGAUACAAUUCAAUAUCCCAACACAAGCUUUAUCACAAUUGUGGCCAUUCCAGUCCAGUGUCUAUUGAAUUUAAACACAAUCAAACAGCAAUCUGAAAGACUGACAGCAUGAAACAUGAAUAUAUAUAUAUAUAUUUUUUUUGAAGGUUUGAACUUUUCCUAAAAACGUACAAAUAUUACUGUUGUAUUGCUUAAAAGUGAAUAUGAACUUUUCUUUGCAGUAUUUGAGGUCUGAAAAAAUACAGAGCAUUUUUUUGUUAUUUUGACGUGUUUCUCCAGUUUAAAUUUUCUGCAAAUAAAUGCAAAUAGAAACAAUAUUUUUACUUGAAAUUUUGUAAAUAUGUUGUUAGUAGUUCACAGAAUGCAACUAAAACAAUUAUUUUACCUAAACAUACCUAUAAAUAGUAAAUUAAUAAAAAUAGUAAAAUCUUUUCCGCAGCUGUAUAUUAAAUAUUGAGAUGAUCUUAAUAAGAAUAAGAACAGACUUGCUCUCACCUUUGUCUUACCCUUUUACACAAUUUUUUCCUGUUGUGGUUUGAAGUGGUUAGUGAUUCUGGGGCAACAGUUUCAUUUGUUAGAGUGUGAGUGAAGUGCAUCGCAAGCAGACCAUCUAGAUUCUUUUUAUGGUGCUUUUGGUUUUAUUAUUAAAACAAAUGAUGUUAAAAUUUUAAUUUAGAUGGAUAAGAACAAGACUUAGUCUUUAACCAAGUCUUAAGUCACAAUGCCUGGAUGUAACAUUUAUGUAUGGCUGUUUCUUUUCGCUGCUUUUGGUGAGUGUGGUUGAUCCUUUUCAUUUGCUUUUUGUGUUCUUUUAACUAUUAAUGCAUUUGUUACUAAGAUCAGAAAAUAUUGAAAUAGGUAGAUAUACUGUACACAUCAUGUUUCACUGUACACUGUUGGAAUAUUUAUGUGUAUUUGUUGUGUAAUGAGAUAAACAUUUGAUUUGACAGCGAUAGAUCUGUUGGCAGUCACAGUCCAGACGGGUUUAUACAACCGAGUUGAGCUGACAGGAGAAAAACUUGAUCAACAAACUGUUGAUUCCUUGAAGGAAGUGGAAUGGACCAAUCUGAACAAAUCAUGUCUUUGUCUUAGAUUUUGUAAACAAAACAGUUCAGAAAUAGUCUACAGAAAAUGCUGUGGUAAAGCUCAUUUCUAUUUAAACAAUAACAGCCUCAUUUUGGAAAAUGUGACAGCACAGGUUGAAGGAGUAUUCAAGGAAACUAUUGUUACAAAUAACUCUGCAACAAAAAGCUUCAUCUUUGUAUUAAAUAUUUUAUGUAAGUCAAAAAUAUCGUCCUGCUAAUUCAUAUGUAAUUUCCUAUACAAUUUACACUGAUCUCAUUGCUGUUUUUUCAUUUUGUUCACAACACAUUUUACUUUAAGACCCAUUAAAUGCAACAGGAAUUGUUGUAUCCUGGAGUUACAACAACACAUCUGUGUCUCUCACGUGUAAAGUGAGCGGGACAUAUACAGAUAUAAUGUGGAUGAGAGAAGAUUCUCCAAUUCAAAGGGACAACAGACACUCAUUCAGCAACCAGACUCUACACAUCAGCAAUAUAACCAAUUUAGAUUAUGGACAAUACAGUUGUGUGGCAACAAAUUCAUAUGAAAAAUCUGAAACACAAAUUUACAUUAUCAGUGAGGAAUGUUCCACAAACGGUGAAAACACAACAUUUUACCAAGAACAUGAUGCUAACAGCAACCGACACCAGGCUAUCCAGAUUUUCCUUUGGAGUGGACUCGCACUAGGCAUUUUGGGACUGUGUAUUAGUGUGUUCUAUGGCAUUAACAAAUACCGUCACAGUAAGAAUGACUUCUUACACAAUUAAAUUAUGAAUUUAUGAGGCAAUUGUGGCCUAGUGGUUAGAGAGUCGGACUCGUAACCAGAAGGUCACCAGUUCGAUUCUCAGGGCCAGCAGGUAGCGACUGACAUGCCCUUGAGCAAGGCACCUAACUGCUGUUUGCCCCCCGGGCGAUGCAGUGAUAGCUGCCCACUGCUCCAGGUGUGUGUGUUCACGACUCACUGGAUGGGUUAAAUGCAGAGGUCACAUUUUGGUUAUGGGUCACCAUAACUGACAAAUAGGUCACUUUCAAUAUUCAUAAAUCACAUUCAUCUAGACUUCUGUUUUAUACAUCUUAGUAUCGUAUAAUCUCUACAGUUCAGUUUUAAAUGUUUUCAGGUCAAGUUCACAGACAAGACACAAAACAAGACGGAAAUACAAGAGGUAGUCCCUUAAAAACUCUCUAGUCUACAUAUUCUUUAUAACUAUAACAAUUACUGCUUACUUAAUCUAUCGUGUACAUAAGUGGGAAAUGCAUUGUGCGAUGUUGUGAAUUGUGUUGUAGGUCACAGAAGAGAAGAUGACAGAACUACAGAAGAGGAUGUUGACAUUGAUCUUGGAAUUUAUCAGGAAGUACCUGGCACUGAGGUGUCUCUUUUGCCAUAUGUCUACACAGACUUCAUUAAGCCACGAGAGGCCAAUCAGAACUCAGCAGCAGCAGAAGACACUAAGGAUUUUGGAUAUUCUGAGAUUGGACCAGCAGUCGGAGAAGAAAUUAUUUUGGAUCGCAGCAGCUCAGAUGAACAGUCCACACCGUGUACUAACACUGCGGAGGAAUAACAGCUGAUAAGAUGAAUACUCAUUGAUUCGUGUCUGAUGCAACCAAGAACAUCAAAAACUAAUUUAAACCUGAGCAAAAUAAAUGUAAAACUUGAUAUUAUGGAUGUUUAAGAUAUCAUACUUGACCACUAGAUGGCAGCAAAACAACCAUUGUGUUUCCUCUUGAACUUGAACAUGGUACUGUGGUCUUGUGAUAAUGUCAUAAAAACACUUUGGCUUUAAAAGUCACAUUUAAUAGGCAUCGUCACUGCAACCCAUUAAUGAAUAUUAUACACAUUAGAUAAAUGACUUAUGCCAUUCGGGGUAAUUGGGAGAGUGUGGUUUGUCCUGCAUGUCAACCUCUGUUAAAGGUCCUGUAUAUCAAUUAAAUGACUUGUCAAGAAGUCCGGGGCAGUUUAAUUGCUGUUAAAAGGCAAGGCUACAUGUCAGUGAAGUGACUUUUUCUGAUCUUUUCAAACUUUCUAAAUGGACAGAACAUCUGAGAGAGAAUCAUUACAUGUGGAGAAGAUAGACUUUGUGAAUGCAUGCCCGGUUUUCUUACAUGUUUUUUCAAAGACAUGUUUUUUUCCAAGUUGUUGUGUCAACAGUCGUGUUAUGUAAGUAAUGAUACUUAACAUUGUAUAGAUUUUCCAUAUCUUUGGUUUAGAUGAUGUGUAACACUGUGUCUUUAAAUAUAUUAGAACCUUGCUAAUACUACUUCUGUUUUAUUACUGCAUAUAAUAAAACAUAUUUCCACAUACUGUAUAUUG